AUGCGUUGCAUCGCAUUGGACAAAAACGAUAUCUUCGACCCAGAGGAUCGAGUAUUGUACAUCACGCUUGGGUUUUAUUUGGUGUGCACUUUAACGGGAUCGAUUCUGGUAAUCGCCGGUUUGCCUUCGCUUCCCAAAAGUGAAUGGAUCAAGAAGACGACCAGUGUCCGUUCUACCGUCACUUCCUGUUUCACGGUGCUGGUGACCACAGACAUGAUCCUGCUCAUCCCCUUCAUCCUCUUCACCUCAGUGGAGAACGCUUUUUUGAUCGGAACCUACACUAAGUCGUACGUGACAUGCGCCAUUGGGAUCCACAUGGUUGGUUUCGUCAUGACGGCCUACGGCGCGACAACUCCCAUCUUCGCCUUCCUCUUCGGACGCCUGGCCAAGCUGACGGGCCGCUUCCUGCUGCUCACGCUCUCGCUAGCCGUGCACAUCAUCCUCCUGGCCAUCCUGUACCUCUGGGCACCGGACGAGACGGACAUGGCCGCGCUCUUUGUGGUACCAGUGGUGUGGGGCGUGGCAGAGAGCGUGCUGUUGGCGCAAGCAAACUCCCUGAUCACCAUGCAGUACCUGUCGCAGAAGGAACCAGCGUUCGCCAACUUCCACGCCUGGCGUAGCCUGGGCUACUUCCUGACCUACAUGAACUCGACCUACUUCUGUGUGUCCACCAAGCUCAUCAUCUGUAUGACAUGCGCAGUCCUGGGUCUGCUGCUCUAUGUGGUCGUGGAGAUGAAAACCCGGAUGAAGGAAAAAGUCGUGUUUGUUGAGCGGGACUCCGUUGCAUCCUUCUACCCUCCAACGGCUCAAGACUUCAACUACAGCUCGUCAUCUGAUGAACAGCCGGCCUCUCCCAUUUCGCCCCUCAUGUCCGCCCUUGACCGACUGUCUUACAAUCAUGUUGAGUUGGCCGACAUCAUCAAGGAAGCGCAGAAAGGUUGGCGACGGAAAAACUCCGGCUACACUCUAGAAAUCAACAAACUCAUGGCCGGCCCGCAGCUCCAAGCCAGCAAGGCCACAAAGCUGUACCGCACACAUUGCAUGACCGAUUCCAGCAGCGCUGACGAGGGUUCUUCCCCUUACCCAUCAUCAUCGGAAGAGCACCUCAAAAAUUUCGGGGCUCACGGAAGUUCACGAAGUCUUGAGAGGCCACGUGAUUUAACCAGACCAAUAGAAGACGUCCCUGACGUCAUUUCAAACAUCAUUGAAUCUUCCGGUUGCGAGGAUGGGAGCGAUGAUGACAUGGUGAUGCCGAAACAGGAGGAUUACGUAUCUUGUGAGGAGAUCUACCGCCGCCUGAGUGUGUGUCAAGUUCCAGAAGGCACAUCAGUGUCCAGUUCCUUCAAUUCUUCUUUUGGUCGAAGAAGCUUUGCCCGACGUUUGAGCGACACCAUUCAUCAUAUAAACAUCGACACUGGACCGCGAAGAUUAGAUUUCGAAAUUAUAAUAGAACCACCUAGCCGUUUCCCCAAUCAGCGACGAGACAGCUACAUUCACAGAAUUCGUGAAGUCGACAUCAAAUCGCUAAAACCCAACAGACGACAGCACAGCAGAAGAUUUAGCGAAACCUGCGUGCUCGGAAACCCAGUCCGUCCACCGCACAUGCGCAGGAUUUCGUUAGAUCACAGCUCAGUCAGGGGCAAUCACCACCAUAUAGGUCGCGGGAGGUUUUCUUCGUUGAGAAACAAAAUAUUCAGGAGCGCUUCUUCUUCAGAGGAUGAGGCUGAUCACUCCUCCACUACAAGUUCAACAAGACAGGCUUAUAUGAAACAACAUGCGUUUGGCGAAACUGUUGUGAGAGAGAAUUCUUUAAAAGUAAAAACUCCAAGAACACGUCGUAUUUCUGUAGACUAUGGUACUGCAAGAGAGGAUUACCAUAGCAACAGAACGAAGCAUUCUUCUUUAAAACACAAUAUGAAUGGGAGUUUUUCAUCUUCUGAUGAUUGUAAGAUAACUGACCAGUUUCCUUCUACACCAGCUAAUAAACAAUACUCCCCGCCUAACAUGACAAGGCAGUCUUUCAGCGAAACAUCUUUACGAGGGGAUUCUGUGAGAAACCCAUCGCGUAGGAUAUCUUUAGAUAUUGGUGCCAUUAGGGGCAACCAUCCGGCUUCAGGGCGUAGGAAGUUCUCUUCCUUGAGAAACAAACUGGCCAGCAGCGUUUCUGUGUCAGAAGAGGGGGCCAUUGGGGGUGAAUCUUUUCCCACAACUAUCGAAAAAGAAUCGCCUUUGGAAAAUACCAAAACUCCAUCCAACGAUUCUUUAAAAAUAGAAAUCGAAUACGUUUCUCCUGAUCUCAGUGCUAUAAAAAGACAACAAGAACAACCAAAAGAGGAGAAAAGACGUUUCAAGCGCCCAUCUUUUAAAUUCUUCAAACGUUUCUCGAAAAAGAAGAGCGGUUCAGUCUCCUCGGACCAAAGUAUCAAGCGAAAAAGCACGGUUAAAAAAGAUAAACCUACCAACGAUUCUUCAGACGCAGAUAGCGAUGGGUUUUUCCCAGAAGAUGGUGAAGACAGCGAUUAUGUCCCAAAGCGAAAAACUGGAGAAAUAGAAGUUGAUAACAUUAGCAUAUAUUAAAUGAUUUAAACAACUUUGAUUUCAAGUAUUAAAUAUAUAUUUUUUAAAUAUAAUCGGGAUAUAUUGAUAUGAGGAGACUAAUCAUUAUUUAUUUGAUAUGGUUGACGAGUUAAUUGAUUAAAGUAUAUGUUAAAAGCCCCUUAUUGGCAAUGACUCUUAAUUUAAAAAGUAUCAAAACAUUUUUGAAAACUUCACAUCACUCAACAAAUUUGAGUGUUACAUUAAAAUGUUUUUUACCCGCAAUAUACCUUAGGUUGACGUGUUAAAAUAUAUUUUACAGAACUAAAAAAAUAUUCAUGAUGCACAUUAUCGUUUUAUGUAUGUUGUCAUAUUUCACAUAAGCUUACAUCUCAAACUAAUUAUAUUUAUAAAUGGUUGUUAGUCCGUUGAUUUUAUUUAAUUAACAAAACUACUUCGCUUCAAUUGUUAUAUUGUUUAUCAUACGGAUAUGUGUUAAAAUUGUAUUACUUUUCAGGUGUUCUUUUAUUACUGAUUUAUACUUUUUAAAUGCGACACUAAACUUAUUUGUAUAUUUGCUGACACAUCUAUAUAAUAAAAAUGAAAGCAUGUCUGUCGGUUUGUCUUCUACGCAUUGCUUACCAAUGAGCACUAUUGUUGCUAAAUUCGUUUCAUCUUCUUCUUCUUCGUUCUUAAUUUUGAGUGUUGGAGGGGAUCGGGCCUUAUCUGCCAGAGAGUUUGAACUCGAGACUUUUUCGAAUUUAUCUACCAUUAGCUUUAGCCGACUCGACCACGCCUCCAUCACAAUUAAGGUUAAGUGUCAACUGGUUUUGCGCAUUGAGGACGUUGACUCCGAGUUCAGCCUGCUUUUCUUUUUGGAUUUGCUUCCACAGCCUUUGUCCAACCAAGAACAAACUACAAGGCAGCAGUUGUUUAAUUUUGGAGUUGUCUCUCCUAGAAGAGUGGCUGUCCCCAGCUAACGAGCCUCAUCUGCCGGAGGGUUCGAACUUUAUUAAUUCGUUUCAAAGAGCGCCUUCAUCUGGGAUGCGGAGGGAUAUUAAAAUAAAUGACUAAAUCGAAUAGGUUCUCCGACAGUAGAAUACAGUUUGAAGCCCCUAGUUUCCCAGCGGCUACCGUUUAUUGGGCGUCAGGAACAUGGGGUUAGUGAUACUACUUGAUUCAACUGUCAAACUUCAACAGGGGCAAGUUCCUCUGAGAGAACUUUAGAGCCUACAGUAAUUUCAAAGAGCCCUUUACACUAGGGACACGUUUGGCUUCUACAACCAUUGACAAAACUAAACCUUGCUGCAGUGUAACCGGUGGCUUCCUAGAGCACCCCGCGGCGCCCCCUCACACCAGUGUUUUAAGAUUGAUCAAAGGGUACUCAGCUAAAUGAAAAAUUAUUAGAUUAGUUUGUCAUCCCAUGUUUUUUCCAUAAAAUUCAAUCCACGGGGACUGACCAAGACAAAAAUUUAACGAAACGUCUUUUUUCUAUUAAAAAAAUAAUAAUAGACAGACCACCCGACAGGCUUUGCAGCUAGUUGAUCUACAAAAAAAUAAAACCAAAAAUCAGUUAUGACUACAGGGGUCAUCUAUAAAUGACGUCACGCUUUUUUUGGC